AAGAUGGCACCAUCGUUUCCGGUUCCGGCCUCUUGCUGUCGCGGGUUGGACGAUGGCCAUGCAGGCAGCUGCCGACAGCCCGACUAGGGAUAGCUGCUCCCUGGACCUGCCUUCGGCCAGCGACAUCCGCGACUACUUGCUGCGGAGCACCAGCCCGAGCUUGGUGGAGUCCCUUCCUGUCUCCCCGCCAGACAGCAGCAGCCUAAAUACUGAACAAAAAGACUCCUGGUCAUGUGAAGAUCUCGGGCUUGACCCUUCUUCCAGCGGCCAGUUGAAGGCCAAGGAAGAGGACAGUGGACUUCGAGAAUCCCUGGACAGAUUCUACGAAGUGUUUGGCCGUCCCCAGCCAGCCUCUGAGGACUCACUCUCAGCAUCUGUCUGCCAAUGCCUGUCUCAGAAGAUCGCCGAACUGAGGGGGCAGGGGAGUCAGAAGUACGCCCUCCGCACCUUCCAGGUGGCGCGGGUCAUCUUCAGUCGGGAUGGCUGUUCAGUCCUGCGGAGGCAUUGCAGGGCCUCCCGCUUCUACCCACUGCAUGAAGGGAGCGAGUCUCUGGAUGCUGAAAAGCAGAUCCCAGGGCUUUCAAAAGAUAUUAUCCACUUCCUCUUGCAGCAGAACCUGAUGGAAGACCUCUAACUGGGGCUGGUGGUGGACGCAGGCAGUCCUGGAGGUGAGGAGCUGUGGCCGGUGCUCUGCGUGGUCCUCUGAAGUCCCUGCUAGCUCUGCGCCCAGCCCUAGCCAAGUGCUUUGCAGUUGAAGGUUGGCACCUGCGACCUGGCCCUGGAGCCACUCAGUCAUAUGGAGAGCCCUGUGGCCACUACCUCCGGUGCCCCACUCACCCAGGACUGAGACUUUACAGGACACCACAGCCUUGCUGGGCUCCAUGCUUCCCUCCUCUUCUGCCCCUGCCUUGCUGGUGGGAGUCUCUCCUUAAUAAGCCUGUAUCUCCGUCCUGGACUCAGGGCUUAUGCCCGGGAGAGCCCAACCCAAGGAACCAGGAUUCAGGGAGAUGAGCUUUGUGAAGAAUACAAAGCUCUUCACUGAAUCAAGGAUAAGAAUUGUACCAGGUUGCAAAAUAGAGGGCAUAUGAUGGGGAACAAAGAUGUCAAAAUAAAGAUUUCAAUACAGAUCCAAAAAGUACCUUACUCCU